UAUUGUUAUGUUUUGUGUGAAUUAAUUAAUUAUUAGAAAGUCGGAUAAAAUGAAGAAAUCUUACAUACCGAAAAUGGACCGGAACACUUAUAUUGACAACUAUUUUGCCAGCUCAAUGGUACCGUUUCAAAGUACUUUCGAACAAUCGAGUUUAAAAAUUAUCGAAUUAGACGAUUCGAAUAGUUCAGAUUCUGAAUGUAAUUAUGAUCAAACACACGCCUGGUGUUAUGUUGAUAAACAUUUACCAAAACAUAACGAAUCAAAAUACAAAGCAAAUACAAAAGCGAGAGCGAAACGACGAAUGAAUAGAGUAUCACCCGAAAUUGUUAAUAAAAAUAUUAACUAUGUAACUAAUGAAAAUUAUUUAGCUGAACCUGAAAAUAGUAAUAAUGCUUUAUUUAAUGAAACCGCAGAAAGGAUACCAAAUCCAUUAAAUUGUUUUACAAUAAUUAACAACGAUUUGGCUGAUUCAGAUCAAACAUUAUCAAGCAAUGAAGGUAUGAAAAUAAUAGAAUGUGGAGACGUAAUACUUGAAAAUGAUUACAAAAAAAAUUCAACAGAAACACAUUAUAACAGAAAUGUUGACAGCAAACGUACAAUAUGGAUAUAUUCAUUUAAAAAUAGAAAUGCACUCGCUGACGACGGUUCAAAUGUAUCCACAGAAGAAAGCACGUCUUCUUCGUCUUUCGAUAAUACAGAUUAUAAAGAAAGGAUAGCAACACCAAUACCAUCUUAUAUACCGCGAUUAAAUUUUUACGUAGCGGCAACACUACCACCGGUGACAGAAGUAACAGAACCUUUGCAUGCAACACCAGAUAAUACAGAUAAAACAGAAACGUUAGUAUCAAAAUUGCAAAUAAGUCCUAAACAUUUAGAACAGGGUAACCCUUUAAGUACAUCUGUUCCUUCGCAAAACAUUAUAAAUUGGAUGGCAUUAUCUCCUAGAGAACGUAGAAGGACAAUUAGAACUAAAAUAACUGAAGAUUUAGAUAAUUCUGAAAAGAAUAGCGUAUUAAAUAAACAGACGGAAAAGUUACCUCUAAAUAUAGAUAAGGAUUUAACAUAUAUUAUAACUAAAAAAAAUGAAGUUCAAGAAAACGAAAUAAAAUCAGAUAUAAGUAACGAUCAAUUAGAUGAAAAAGGUGAUCACAGCAAAAUACCAUUAAAAAAGCCACAGAUUAUACUAAAAGCAAUAUCAUCAAACAAAAUUAUUGAAAAACUUACCAGUGACGAAUGGAUUGGUCAUGAAAAUGGACAGAAAGAAAGAACUCUAGAUAUAGAUAACAAAAUUAUUGAAAUACAGGAAAAACCUGUUAGUUUCAUAAGAUGUGCGGGCGAUAGACUUUUUAAUAAAAAUAUGACAUUAUUGAAACCAGUAGAAUGGACGCAAUACCUACCAAUAACCGAGAGCUUGCCUUCUUUACACCUUUCCUUACCAUCUGAUAUAAACGAUGAGAAGAGAUCAUGGUUCAAAUACAUAAUAAAAUAUUUUCAAUGCUGUAAAUGUAAAUAAAUAAAACAAACAUCUUCGAAUUGGUGAAUUUAUUAAAUUCAAUCACAAAUUUCCAAUUAAUGGAGUACUUAAACGAAAAAAACCUGUUAUUUUAAGGUACUUUGAGAGAAAACAAUCACGACAUACGUCAAACAUACUAUGUACACGUGUUCAUACUAUCACAAAGUUUGCCAACAUAUAAAGUAACUUUUAAUGGAAAUUACAUGAAAAAAUACUUCAAUACCUAAUUUUAAACAUAUACAGACGAAUAAAUUUAAUAUAUAACUGGAUAUAGAUAAAUUACAACUAAGACUGUCAGUGUUACCUUAAUUUAUUUCCCUUAUUUUAAAUUGAAUAGAAUUUUCAAUCUGGCAACAUUAAAUGCAUCUUUGAAACCGUUUAAUUGCUAACUGUAUUGAAUUACGAGAUUUACGAUGUAAUUUAACUAUUAGUGAAAUACAAAUAACAUACUAAUAAGUAUUAUUAGAAAUCGAUAGUUAUCUGGCCCAGGCAUUUCUAACUAAAUUUUGACAGCGUCACUGUCAAUGUCAAGAGUGUCAAGAUUCAUCAUCAUCAGCUAUAUGUCCCCACCGAGGGGCUCGGAGCCUACCCUAAGUAAAGGGUGACUAGGCCAUAGUCAACCACGCUGCACUGUGGGUUGGUUGACUUCACACAUAUCUUUAUAUUUCUUUGCUUAUAUGUGCAAGUUGCAUCACGUUGUUUUCCUUCACAGUAAGAACGUCGGGUAAAUUAUGUACAUAUGAAAUAUCGAAAAUCACAUUGGUACGGCGGGAUUCGAACCAAAGACCUGUAGUUUACAAGUCAAGUGCUUUAACCACUGAGCCACCGACUCAACGCUCAAGAUUCAUACUGUUGUUUUAAUUUUCUAUUGUCUUUCCAGUGCCUUACCGGGCCAGAUAAUUUAGUGCGACUAUAGUAUAUAUUUGCGUCAGUUAUACGAAUGCACUACGAAUUGAAUAUACGUUACUUAUAUACAUGUAAUAUUAUAACUACUAUAUUGAAAUGAAACAUGCAAAAUCCUUAAAAUAUUUUAUGAGAAUCUUUCAAAUGUUCUUUAUAUAUCAAAAUACUUACAGAGAAAUGAUUAAAUGACGAAUAAUACAAAAUUGAGUCCAGCUCAAACUUAGGAAUGCUGUUGUUAAAAAACUUGUAAUAUUUUGUAACUAAAAUAUUACUUUAAAAUACUAAUGUAGAAGAUCUGUUGAUAAUUGUUAAAUGUCCAUUAUAACUAUAUCAAACUAAAAAAAUAAAAAUCCUGGCCUAAGGACGCUUUGACUUCUGUCACUUUUUAAUAUGCUAAAUUAGUUUCGUAUAUUUCCGCAAUAUUUAAUACUAGCUGUUGCUCGCGACUUCGCCCGCGUGAAAUUAAAAAAUAAAACCAUAGCCUAUGUUACU